AUGCCUUCACAGGGUUCCGAGGAGCACAUCCGAAACGCCCUCUAUCUGCAAUGGCUCAAGGAAUGGGAGGACCAGGCUCGGCAACACAAUAGCAAAGGCGUGACUGUUUACAGACGUGCCUAUCAUGCCCUCAAGGCUUGCCCUAUUACCUUUACGCAUCCACAUCAGUUGCAGCAACUCAAGGGCUUCGGGGAGACCUUGUGCAAGCGGCUCACCCACAACCUUGAGAAGCAUUGCGAGGAGAAUGGCUUGCCCAUGCCCCUGAAAAGAAAGCUGAAAUUGCCUGGCCAGCCUGACGACGACGAUAAUGGCGAUGCCGAAGCGAGGCCCGCCAAAAAACCGCGAAAGACCAAGCCCUAUGUUCCGGCUUACCGGUCAGGGGCGUAUGGUUUGGUCAUGGGGUUGGCUAGAGCUGGAAGCUCGGGAGGACUGACCAAGGAUAAACUAAUUGAGGCAGCCCAGCCUCAUUGCGACGCCUCUUAUACUGCACCUAGCGACCCAACCAGUUUCUACACUGCCUGGAAUUCCAUGAAAACUCUGCUACAGAAAGAUGUGGUCGAUGAACGAGGACGGCCUACAAGAAAGUACUCUCUGACGGAUGAGGGAUGGGAAGUCGCCAGCAGGAUCCAGCAAACCCUUAACCCAGAUGCUGCCCCCCUUGCCCCUCUUGGAAGGUCGGGGUCCGCAGCUCAGGUGGCUCAGAGCGCUGUAUCCGAUUUAAUGCCAGCCGAGAGAUCGCAUUCCAUAGAAGUUGAGCCAUCGCUGCCGCCGGCAUUCGCAUACGCUGAUGUAGUGCCUGAUGGGAAUACAGCAUCUACCGAGCUGGCCAUCCCAAGUUUCCGGCCCCAGAGCCUACCACCCGGGAGCUUCACGGUUCACCUGGUACUGGAUAAUCGAGAAGUUCGAGCCAAGACGGACCGUGACUACAUGCAAAUCGAACUCGCAAAGAAGGGGGUCACGCCCAUCGUGCGUCCACUCGAGGUCGGCGAUGCAUUGUGGGUGGCCAAGUGUCAUGAUCCCAAUUUUCUCCGAAGAAUAGGAGCCGAAGGAGAUGAACUCGUCCUUGAUUGGAUUGUCGAAAGAAAGAGGCUUGAUGACUUGAUCGGUAGUAUCAAGGACGGGCGAUUCCAUGAGCAAAAGUUUCGCCUCAAGAGGUCCGGGGUCAAGAAUGUCAUCUACAUUGUGGAAGAGAUGGCAAUUGAUCCAUCCAACAAAGAGAGAUACGAUGAGAUGGUGCGGUCUGCCAUGGCGUCUACUCAGGUGGUUAAUGGCUAUUUCCUGAAGCAAACCCAAAAAAUGGACGACACCAUCCGUUAUCUCACCCGCAUGACGUUGCUCCUGAACAAACAAUAUGAGAGCAAGUCUUUGCUGGUAAUACCGACCGAAGUCCUGACGGCACGAAACUAUCUGCCCCUGCUGGAGGAUCUGCGCCAAAAGAAGCCGGAAACUGGGCACUACAUCAGCUACGACGCGUUUGCUUCGCUGGCGUCCAAGUCUGAUAUGAUGACGCUCCGAGACGUCUUCCUGAAAAUGCUCAUGUGCACAAAACAAGUCACUGGCGAGACAGCCAUCGAGAUACAAAAGCGCUGGAAAACCCCGAAUGAAUUCGUUAAGGCCUUCGACCGGCUGGGGCCUGGUGCAGAGGGCAACAAACAGAAGCGGGAGAUAGUGUUUGGCGAGAUGGGGAACUUGUACGGAAGGAGAAAGGUUGCAAAAGCCCUCAGCCACAAGAUUGCAGAGAUAUGGGGAGAUGCAUGA